AGGAAAUCGAAAAACAGUAUGAGCGUCGAUUGAAACUGCAAACCUUCCCGUUGUAUGUGCAGAAAUUCAGCGUUGGAUGUACGGAGAUGUAUCUCCCGUCCGCAGUGAUAUGCAUGUAGGUUACACAAAUAUCAUGUGGUGAAAUCGACCUCUGAAAUGUUUAUACUUAUCACUGGGAAGAAGGUGUGUAAUCUCGGUGACCGCGGCAUCAACACGCGUCAUGUCAGUCUUCGUUCUCUCGUGCGUCGCGCGUGCCGCUCUCCUGCGCUAUAAGGUAAUUUCCUUGUUGCUUUGUCUCGCAUAAUUCGCUCAGGGUGAAAACAAAUGUUCUGGCAAAUGCUGAGAUGGUUUUGUGCGUUUCAUUCUGAUAUAUACAAGAAUUUCUUACCUGACACUGUCUACAUGCGAUGAUUCAGAAACCAACAACCGGCUUGGAAUUUUGGGUAAAGUUAUCGAUUUUACCACUGUUGGAGUCACGCGAAUUCAUUAUACGUCUUUCCAUGCACAGAAGCGGUGUCUCGUGGUUUUAGAUAAUACUGCACAUGCGCGUAUGCAAAACCCAGACAAUGUUUAAUGAAAAUUAUUAUGCUAUUUUAAACCGGUGAAACAUUGACAUAUCAGUAAAAUUUCUAACGUUGCACUAAACAAUUCCUCGAAUCUUUUGUCUGCGCCAAAUGAACAUUGACAGAUGUGGAGGGGUUCAGUCUAGGGUGAGACAGAUUAAUCAAUAACUCUAUAUUAAUGAGCGUGGCGCUAGCUGCAUUGGGAGACGGGAUUAUAAUUGGAAGUCAAGGAAAAUGGCCGCAAGUUCCGAACCGAAAAUAUCCGCCUCAUCUCUGAAGCCAGUAGAUGUUAGCCCCAUGUGCAGCGGAGGUAUGAAGUCCCCAACAGACGACCCACCAGAUUCGGAGAACACAGCAGAAUAUCAAAUAGUGGCCGCCAUAGAUUUUGGCACGACUUUUAGCGGCUAUGCGUAUUCGUUCGCCUCUAACAAAGACGCGAUACACGUCAACAAGAAUUGGGGCCAAACUCAGGGCUUUCUGCUCCAUAAAACCCCCACCUGCCUUCUGCUCAAAUCCGACGGACAGUUUGAAGCAUUCGGGUUUGAAGCAGUGUCUAGGUAUAACGAUCUCGCGGAGGAUGAAGCUGGAGAUUAUUACUACUUUGACAGAUUCAAGAUGAAACUCUACGACAAUAAGGAGCUGAAUGCAGAUAUUACCCUGAAGGAUGCCAAUGGCAAAAGUCAGCUUGCUGUCGACGUGUUCGCUCACUCCCUCAACUUCAUGAAGAAACACAUGUUACGUGCUAUCGGUGCUCACCUCGGGUAUGACCCCCACCCCGACACCGUCCGCUGGGUGCUCACCGUCCCCGCCAUCUGGGACGAGAAUGCCAAACAGUUCAUGAGGGAGGCAGCGUACAGGGGUUCUCUGAUCCUGACGCCCCACAGCGAACAGCUGGUGAUAGCGUUGGAGCCAGAGGCUGCAUCCCUACACUGCCGCAACCUCCCUGCUACAGACUUCGUCGGCUACAAGGACACGGCACAGGCAUCCAACCCUUGCUUCGAGCCCGGCACCAAGUACCUCGUCGUGGAUGCUGGAGGUGGAACAAUUGAUUGUGUGGCGCACAAGAUCCGCAAGGACGGGAGGAUCCGGGAACUGUUCCGCGCUACUGGUGGUGCCUGGGGCGGUACCAUCAUAGACAGGCAGUUCCUGAAUCUUCUCCACAGAAUCUUCAGCAAAGACUUCAUCACUGAGUUCCAGCAGAGCUACCCCAAGGAUUUUGUGGAACUUCUACAGGACUUUGAGAUCAAGAAGCGUGGAGAGUGUGAUAGUAUCCGUGUGUCUCUGCCUUACAACUUCUGUAACUUCAAACACAAUCAAGUCAGUGUACAACAAGCUAUCAAGACAUUCGCUGCCGACAAUAACAAUGAAGUCAAAUUCUCGUCAGGGAAGUUGGUGUUGACAUCUGCAGUUGUGACGUCACUGUUUGCCGAUGCCUUAGCCCAGAUUAAAGACCAUGUAGAUCAGCUUCUCCAGAAGCCAAAGACCAAAGACUUACAUUACAUCUUCCUGGUCGGUGGCUUUGCAGAAUCCAGUCGUUUGCAACAAGCUCUGAAAACGCAUUUUAGCGAAAGGGUAACGUGCCUUGUUCCAGAUGAAGCUAGUCUUGCAGUUGUUAGGGGAGCAGUAGCGUUCGGACAUGAUCCUAGUUCGAUAUGGCAGAGGAUCUGUCGUUUCACGUAUGGUGUUGGAUCGUAUUUACCGUUUGAAGAAGGGGUGCACCGAGAAGACCUCCGAGUUGUCUCUGAUGGGGUCACGCUCUGUAAGAACAUAUUGCAAACGUGGGCCGAAGCUGGUGAAACCAUUGGACACAAUGAAAUCUGGAGGGAAACAUACACGCCCAUUAUUACCAACCAGAAAGGAAUUAUUUUCGAGUUCUUCCGGUCGUCUAAAAGACAUGUGAAAUACACAGAUGAGGCCGGGGUGGAGAAAUGUGGGUCACUGAUAGUCCGGAUGCCGGAUCUAACCGGGGACAAGGAGAGAGCAGUGGACCUCGAGGUCAUAUUUGGUGGAACUGAGAUCAAGGUCGUGGGAUAUGAUCACACAAGCACAAAUAAGUAUGAGACGUUGAUAGACUUCCUGUCAUCCUGACUUUCUUUCCUGAAAACUGUUUGCCAGUAGAUGAAACCAUGAAUGUACAAAAAUAUUUUCUCCUUCAUGUCGGAAAGGCAGGACAGCUUAACCAGCAUGGGAUGACUCCAUCUUGCCAGAUGGUUCAGUCAAAGACAGAUGAGUCCAUUCCACCAUGGGUCCAGUUUAGCAGUAUGUUCCUCUUUACAGAUGUUUAUACACUGCAUGUGCAAAUGCUUGAUCUCCCCAUGAUAGCAAAAUGGACUGUUCCAGGUGUCAACAGCCAAGAGUUUUGGCUCAAGGCCAAACUAAACAAUCAUGGUUUGGUUGAUCCUGACUGUCCAGCAUAUAUAUCCUUACUCAAAUAUUACCUGUUUCUUGGCAUGAUUUUCAAACAUGAGACGUAAUUGGACUGGUCUGACAAAACACAAGAAUGCAAAAUUUGUAUUUUAAUAGGUUCAACUAUCAGUUACCCAACCUAUGUUUCUAUAGAGAGGGAUAUUUUAUAGUGAGAAGACAUUAAAUGGCAUUAUUAAAAUACAAAUUUUGCAUUCAUUUGUUUCCUAUGGCUUUCAAGAAUUACACAAUUUUGCAAAUUUUGUAAAUUUUGCCAUGAUCAAUAUAAUAUUUUUAACCAGUCAGUUCCAGAUUGAUAUAUUUUCUUCAGCAAGGACUUCAACCCUAAUUUCACCUAGAUAAUGUUUUGUUUUGUAUUUCUUUAAUUAUUGACAACUGACAAAACUGUAAAACAAGACAUGUAUUAUUUGUUUACAAGAUACAAUCACAAUAAUAAUAUUGGUCACCUUCCAAGUUGCUGUGUCCUCAUCAAAAGCCACACACUAGUACACUGGAUAACCAAGAAUGGUUAAAGAUGUCUGAGUUUGCUUUAUGUGUAAUAUUAAUCAACAAAUCCAAAACAUAUUUUUAUCAAGUCAUCAUGUCUUUCCCCAAGAUCUAUACUUCUUCAACAGUAUCCGCCUGGCCUUACAACCUGCCUCUCUUUCACACCGAAGCAUGCUUGUUGGUAUAUUGUGGUGAAACUAGAUUUAGAGAUAUUGUUACAUGUAUACUUGUCAAUACUAUUUAUAAUACAGACUCAAUGUAUUUACCAACAAAAACAUUGCUUGAUAAUUACCGGAGAAAAUAUCUCUAAUCAAAUGUCAGCAGACAAGCUUUUAUACACAAGACUGUUGAACAUGUUGUUCAAUGUUUAAACAAAUGGGCGGUGGGGUAGCCUAGUGGUUAAAGCGUUGGCUCGUCACACCAAAGAUCCGGGUUCAAUUCCCCACAUGGGUACAAUGUGUGAAGCCGAUUUCUGGUGUGCCCUGCAUUGAUAUAGCUGGAAUAUUGCUAAAAGCAGCGUAAAACCAUACUCACUCACUUUAAACAAAUACAAAUACUGUACAAAUAGAUAAUUAAGAUAAAAUGUCUUGCACAAAAAUCUGCCCACAUAUGGUUAAGAACAUGUUCUAUCAAGCAAUAACUGGUUUAACCCAACACCAUCUGCACCAAGAUACCUGGUUUCUUAUUUCAGCCAAUUAAAUAUUGCAUUUGCA